UCCACGGUACCGCAUUGGCAUCAGUAAAGGCACCUGAAAACCGACAACCAACUCAUGCAAAAGGCUGCCUGCCACCUUAUAGCCCAAAAGAAAACGAUAUUAUAGGCCCUAAAAGAAACCUGUGGCUCGCCUUUUUUUGUCGUGCGUAAAGCCUUUGCGCACACCGCUCAACUGCCUCAAAGACUGAAAAGGUGCGCUACUCGUCGAGCAUCAGAGCGCAGUGCCAAGAUGCAGAAACGGAGCAGCGACGUCUGAAGGUGACAUGAACCUGGGGAUAAUCAAGAGCAGCAGGCGUACACUGAUUAAGAAGUGGAGAUAGCAACUGAGAGCCGUCGGUGUCUUGAAACUAAACUUGCGCUUUUUUUUCUUCCUCGUGGCUUUGUCUAAUGCAGAGAAUCAAGAGCUGCAACCCAAAGUAGCCUCAAAUUUUUACUCACUGGAGGAGAAAAAAAAAAACACUAAUUAAGCUGCAGACCGUUGAGAGUCGAGAGAGGGAAAAAUGGCGACGUUAAUCAGAGGCAAGCUUUCUAAUAAACUGUCAAAUGCAGCCACCGCUGUAUCCAACAAAUCCCAGGCGAAGGUGAGCGGGAUGUUCGCCAGGAUGGGGUUCCAGGCCGCCACCGACGAGGAGGCUCUGGGCUUCGCCGCUUGCGAUGACCUGGACUACGACCACCGGCAAGGCAUGCAGAUGGACAUUUUGACAUCCGAUGAGACGGGAGGAGAGGCGAGCGGAGACGGAGAGGCGCUGGACGGGGACAGCCAUUACCAGAGGGACGGCACCGGUCCAUCGCCCUCAGCCUCAAAGGACGGAGGUUCGACGAACGAGUUGUCUGAAGUCAGACCAAAAAUCACCGCUUGGGAGGCGGGCUGGAACGUCACGAACGCAAUCCAGGGGAUGUUCGUUCUUGGGUUGCCCUACGCCAUUCUGCAUGGAGGAUACCUCGGACUCUUUCUCAUUAUUUUCGCCGCCGUGGUGUGCUGUUACACGGGGAAAAUCCUCAUUUCCUGCCUGUACGAGGAGGACGAAGACGGGCAGCUCGUCCGUGUGAGGGACUCCUAUGUGGACAUUGCCAACGCCUGCUGCGCGCCCAGAUUCCCGUCUUUAGGUGGCCAUGUCGUGAAUGUAGCCCAAAUCAUAGAGCUUGUGAUGACUUGCAUCCUGUAUGUGGUGGUCAGCGGUAAUCUCAUGUACAACAGCUUCCCCAACAUGCCAAUUUCCCAGAAGUCGUGGGCCAUCAUCGCCACCGUCGCUCUCCUCCCCUGCGCCUUCCUCAAGAACCUGAAAGCCGUCUCCAAGUUCAGCUUGCUGUGCACGCUGGCCCACUUUAUCAUCAACAUCCUGGUCAUAGCGUACUGCCUCUCCAGAGCGAGGGACUGGGCCUGGGACAAGGUCAAGUUUUACAUCGACGUCAAGAAGUUCCCCAUCUCCAUUGGGAUUAUCGUGUUCAGCUACACCUCGCAGAUCUUCCUGCCGUCUCUGGAGGGGAACAUGCAGAAACCAAGCGAGUUCCACUGCAUGAUGAACUGGACUCACAUCGCUGCCUGCAUCCUCAAAGGCCUGUUCGCCCUGGUGGCCUACUUGACCUGGGCUGACGCAACCAAGGAGGUCAUCACAGACAACCUGCCCCCCGGCAUCCGAGCUGUCGUCAACCUCUUCCUAGUGGCCAAAGCUUUAUUGUCGUAUCCGCUGCCGUUUUUCGCCGCCGUCGAGGUAUUAGAGAAAUCGUUUUUCCAGGACGGAGGACGUGCGUUCUUUCCAGAUUGCUACGGUGGCGAUGGACGCCUGAAAUCCUGGGGACUGACUCUCCGAUGUAGCCUUGUUGUGUUCACCUUGCUCAUGGCCAUUUACGUGCCACAUUUCGCCCUCCUCAUGGGCCUCACUGGCAGCCUGACAGGCGCAGGCCUGUGCUUUCUGCUUCCCAGUCUCUUCCACCUCAAGCUUUUAUGGAGAAAGCUGCUAUGGCACCAAGUUUUCUUUGAUGUCGCCAUCUUUGUAAUAGGAGGUAUAUGCAGCAUAUCCGGUUUCAUCCAUUCAAUGGAGGGGCUCAUAGAGGCUUUCAAAUAUAACAUAGAAGAGUAGAUGCAAGCCAUUGCUGGAACUAGAUGUUAACUGCAACUCCCCAUUUAGUGAAAAAAAACAAACAAAAAAAACACACGACUUCCCGGCAAGUGCAGCCCUUCUGCUUAAUUCAUGCGUAAAAAGCGCGCACAGAGCACAGUCAUACAGUCUUGCAUCAAUUCAGAAAAAAAUGCGCGCGCACACACACACAAACAGAAAUAGAUCCGUGGCAGUGAGGGAAUCUAAUGCAUCCACAACACACUAUAUGGACAAUACAUGUUGUAUAAAUAUGCGAACAAAAGUACAUAUACAUAUUUUCCAGUGGAGUGAACGUUUACAAUAUUGACCUUAAACAAAAAUUGCAAAAAGGGCAAAGUUUGUCUUUUCGUCGCUCUUGUGGUGCUUCCCCACAUGAGACUUCACUUCAUGUAACGCUCGAGUUUGUGAUGGACGGACAUUCAACGGCAUAAUGUGAUUUAAUGAAGAUUAAGAUACGUUUAUUUAAAAGAUUUAAUUAAAAAAAAGCAAAGACAUGCCACUUUCUACUAGGUGAUUUGCAAUAUGAUUAUAGGCAAUGAAUGUGGUGUUUAACCCCAGAAACGCCUGUGGACAAACCUAGUCGGGAAAAUAACACAAUGGCAAUAACCAGCAGUAGAAACACAUGAAUUCAUAUAGAAAUAUGUAAAAGAAGAAGUUUCGUUAGAAAUGAGGAAAUUGGACCUCCCCCCCCCCGCGAGCAGUUUAAAAUACUGGAAAUGCAAAAUAUCAGAUAGCACACAGCAGCUAUACAAACUAUGCAUUGAAUGUAUGAUAUUUAAGACACACAAAACAUAAUGAAACUGGGAAGUGGAAAUAAAAAUCCAAAUUUCGAUUCUUUCUGCGUGAAAGUGUUUUGAUUUUUUUUUUUUAAGAUCUGGGAAAUAUCUGACACUUUGAGCUUUUUACAAAUGGCAAUAACAAAAUUCACCAAGACCUGAAAUACACAUUCUGGUAAAUAAAAAAUAAAAAAAAAACUCCGCACCCCUGGCCCACAUUUCAGCUAGAUGGGGACCUCAAAUUUAAAUCCUGCACACUCAAUUUAACAUAAUGUUUUUCAUCACAUUUGAAAACACAUGGCCUGUUCUGAAAUUAAUUUUAAAGACCCCCCUUGUCUCGAAAUUCGGUGUCUGAAAAAUCAAGAAAAAAAAGAGAGAAAUCAUUAAAGAGGAAAAUGUGCAUACAGACAUUUUUCAUUCUGUGCAAUCCAAUGGGUCCUGUGGAAAUGUUAUAAAACCGUAUGUGUAGUGUGUUAUUGUGGUUUCAAAAAGAUGGAAUGUAUAUCUCAAAGUCGUUAUCAUAUAUCGUGAAAUUAAUAUUAAAGAAUAAAGAUUAAGUGAAAUUAUAUUGUAAAAAUGUGUGUGGUUUUAUGUAAAAUGA